UUAAAACUUUUGUCGAUUUCAUUACAUAUACAUUCGUCUAUGUAAAUAUUCAUUUACCAAGCAUCAUAUUAUUUUGUCAUUGUGUUUCCUUUUUUUUGUUCGUGUAUUACUUACGUGGUCAAUAAUUUGUAUUUAUGAGGACAUUCCAUUUUCCAACCAUGUCGAUAUCGCUGUGGUCGAUACUGAACAGGUUUACGGGUUCAGAUAAAACCGCGUCUUACAGCCGCUUGUCGUCUGAUACGGGACACUUCCGUAUCACUGUGUGGGACCCUGUGCUCAUCAUCGCUCAGAUAGUAUCCAUCCAAUCUUUGUACUAUUUUACUAUGUGCAUAUGGAUUACGAUCAUCAGCUACGUGGUCGGCACUUCUCGAUCGUUAGAUGUCAUUUUUGAAUUUAAAGAAUUGAGCACAGUGACAGGCGAAAAAUUUGUAAUAGUGGCAUUUGCACUAAACGCACUUAGUGGGGCUACUUUUAUAUGGAGGAUUGUAGAACGUUACCGUUUAUGUUUGGAUUAUUCCUGUACAAUUCACCUUAUCCACUUGAUGGCUUGUAUUUGGUACAAUGCAACACUACCUACAAUGUUUUGGUGGUUAUUAAAUGCAAGUUGUGCGGCCAUUACGUGCAUAUGCGCAGAGUUUUUAUGCAUGCGCACAGAAUUAAAUGCUAUACCUGUAAAUAGCGGGCAGUCGCCUAAGGUUGAUUUGUAAAUAGUGCAUUAAUUAAUCAAGUAUUUAUAUUUAAAAUUAUCAAUUUCGUAAUAAUUGAACUACUAAUUAAAAUGUUAUUUUGUUUUACGAAAAUGUAUUUUACACAACUAUAAUUUUUAAGUUUAAUUCUCAAUUUGAUUUAUAUACACAUUUCAUAUUAGACAUGAUGCGAGAAAUCAUAUUUAAAAAUAAAACAAAAUAUGUACAUACUAUAUUGAUUGGCUGUGAAACAUUUUUACUUUUAGUUU